AUGUCGAAUAAUAAUAAUAAUAAUAAUAAUAAUAAUAAUGGUAUAUUACAAAAUGUUAGAUUACGUAAACGAACGCCUCAAAUGAUUUCUAAUAUGGAAGAAGCUAGAGAAAAGAGAAAAUCAGAAGUAUUGAUUGCUGCUCAAUCAUUAGAUAAUGAGAUUAAAAGCGUUAAACAAUUGAAGCGUUUAUCGAUUGGUUCUUUGGAUUUAUUGAUUGAUCCGGAAUUAGAAUUUAGAGUUAAUGGGAAUGGAUCAUCAUCACAUGACUUAAAUUCAAUUAAAAGAAAAUCUUGGAUUUCAAAUAAUAGCAAUACUACUAUUACUACUACUAGAAGUAGUUCACCAGACCAAUCCUUAGAGAGUAAUGAUACAACUACAGAUUCCGACAGCAUUGUUAAUAGUAGUAUAGACAUUACAAGAGCAGAAUAUCUUCAUGAUGAAUCGACUCAAGCAGCAUUAGCAGAACAAUCAUCAUUAUCUUCAAACAUACCGUCUAGAUUCACAUCUUCCUCUACUAUCUCUACAACUAAUAGUAAUACAAAUAAUUCCAAUAAUACCACAACAAGACAUCUGACUGGGAUUAAUUCAUUACGGAGAGGAUCUCAUAAUGUAGGAACAAGGCGUGCUUUAUCUGCAAACACUACAGGUACUUCAUUAUCAUCAUCCUCCUCUUCUUCUAUUGCAUUAAGUGAUAACGAUAACCUUAAUAAUAACUGUAAUAAUGAAGAUGAAGAAGAUGACGAUUUUACUAAUCACUUGUUAUGGGUGCCUGCUAAUCAACAUCCGAAUGUGAAACCUGAAAAUUAUAUUGAGUUGGUACAGGAUGCAUUACAUAAUAUUCAAAUUCAAGAUAAUAAUAAUGAUACUACUCCUAAUACUACCACCACCACCACCAGUACCACUACUACCACUACCAAUAAUAAUAAUGAGGUGCAAAAAGAAGUGCCGUUAAAUCAAGAUAAAGAAAAUUUACAACGAAGGAAUAGCAAUGAUUAUUAUAGCAAUUAUACCAACAAGAAAAAGAAAAAAUAUAACCGUACAUUGGUUAGAAGACCUUCAAGUCUUAGAAAAUCAUAUACAGAAUUAUCAGAUAAUUCAGACAAUAAGUCUCAAGAUAAUCACGAUCAUGAUCACGAUAAUAACAUUAAUGAUAAGACAUUUAAUAUGAAGGGGAAUAACCAUUAUAAUCAAAGAACGGCAUCACUGAAGGAUAUCACUGAAGAAUUGACUAAAAUAUCAAAUAAUGCAGGCCUGACAAAUUCAGACGCUAUUACAUUGGCUAGAACAUUAAGUAUGGCAGGUUCAUUCACAGGUAUAGAUGACGAAGCUUUAUUGGAUGAUGGUAGCAACGUAAAUCCCGAUAAUAACAACAACAUCUUACAAAUUCAGAAUAUAAAUAACCUCAAUCAUACCAAUGAUAACGAUAAUGACGACAAUAGUUCUGUAGACGAGUUUGCAUCUAAGAUGUUUAUGAAAAACGGACUUACAAUACCUCAACGAUCUUCCCUUAGAAGAAGUAAAUUCAACACUUAUAGAAUACGGUCAGCCGAUUCUGCUACCACUUCAGAUAAUACAUCAGAUACAAAGAGACAUUCUAGUGAUAUAACACAACAAAAAUCUCUUAUCGAUGAUAAUACCACAGCUUUGCAUAUACCCCACUCACCAAUCAAGCUUAAUAAUGACUCUCCCCCUACAAUAGCAUCAGCCGAAUCACCAGGUUCUAUCAGCGACUUAUAUGACCACUACACUGAGUUGAAUAAAGGUUCAAAAACAGAUAUUGAUGACGACGAUGGCGAUAUAGAUAUUGAUGACGAUGAAAUAGACACUUCGGGACCAGCAUCACAAGAUAGCAGUCUUCUCUCGAGCGAUAGUGUUUUGUAUCGUCCCUCUCAGUCUACAGGUACAAGAGGCAGUACAAAUGUUUCAUUAUUACAGGAAAAAACAGAUACUUUGAUGAAUAACGAUAUAACAACUUCUGUAAUCAUGAAAAACAAUAAUUCAACCAGAUCCCAUAAUGACAACAAUGAUAAUUGGUCGUGGUCUGGAAAAUCUGAAAAUCAUCAUUACAAUAAUCAUACUAGUGAGAGUCAUGAUUUGAUAGAUAAUACCCAUUCUGAAGCUAACCUAAAUCUGAAAAAUAGAAGUAAUCAUUCUAAAAAUCGUCAUAAGCCUAUACUUAACAUCUCUAAUACUAACGGAAAUGAUGGGUUCACCCCAGGAUCUAUUAAAACUACACAUCAAAUAGAGAAAGCUGACGAGAGACCCACAUUAAAUAAAACAGGUACGAAUAAUAUGUUAUUAACCGAAGUUACUGAUCGUAAAUCGUCCAAAAUAUUAGCGUCGCAGCCACAUAAUGGGUCUGAAGCGACACUAACCACUCAUUCCGAACUAUCUUCACAUACUACCUUAACCGAUAAUAAUAAUAAUAAUAAUAAUAAUAAUAAUAAUAAUAAUACAACUGUUGCUCCCAAAAAACCUUCAUUGGAGGAGAAACUAGUGAAAUUAUUCAAAAGGAAAACUCAUCGUCGUAGAUCAUCUAACUCCAACAAUCAACCAGUUACAAAGACAAAUGAAUCGGGAGUCCAAGAGGAAUUAAGGAAGAAGAUUUCAAAAUUCCGCAAACAUCAAAGAAAACAACCAUCUUUGGUAAAACCCACAGUUGAAAUAACCUCAGCAGCUGAUGACAAACCACUACCAAUCACUCAAAAAGUCCAGUUACAUGAGGUGCCAACUCUUCACAGAGAUGGAUCAGAAUCCUCAGAGCAAUCGCACUCUUCUGAGAACGCGGAAUUACCAACUCUGCAACCUGCAGUUAGUGUCACCAGUACAAAGAACAAAGAACCUGGAUCACUAGCGACACAAACUGAUAUACCAGGGAAUGAAGCUGGAAGCUCACCUUUUACUGAGACUGUACAUGAAUUAGAUGGCGAUGACUCUCUAGAUAUCAGUGCCAAUUCUGAAUCAAUUGUAAAUAUAUCCCUGAAAAGUGAGCCAUCUGCAUUAAAUACUGACACAAGCCAACAUUUAGAUCAAAUCGAUACAUCUGCUGAUAUUAGUCAAGCCACAGUAAUAACAGCACCUCAACCCCCCAUGGCAUCUAGUGUUCCACCACGUAUAUUGACAUUUGCCGAUGUGAAAAGACCGGAAAAACCAAAUGCACCAAUUAAGUUUACUGAUAGUGCAUUUGGAUUCCCAUUACCAGAACUUACAAACUCUACUGUUAUCAUGUUCGAUCAUCGCCUAGGAAUUAAUGUCGAACGUGCUAUUUAUCGUUUAAGUCAUUUGAAACUGAGUGAUUCAAAAAGAGAAUUACGCCAACAAGUACUCCUGAGCAAUUUCAUGUAUUCAUACCUGAAUUUAGUGAAUCACACACUAUAUAUGGAACAAUCUGCUGUCAAUACUACGGGCGACUUUGAUAAUUACAAUAGUGACGAAAACGACAUCGAAGUAGAUGAUGAAAAUAAUCAAUUUUCUGAUAAUAAUAUGAAUCACUAUAAGGACAUAGGCGUAGGGGGGAAUAUGACUGAUUCUACAGGUUCUGCUCAAAAUGAAGGACUAAUAUACGAUGGACAAUCAAAUAAUGGUUCUAACGUGGAGUACACCACCGAACAUAACAACUCUAAUGGUACAAUCCUUAUACCCGAAAUAUAA